UGCAUUCUUGUGAAAAUUCUAAUGAGAAUUUUAAUAAAACAUACGCAUAUAGUGCAGAUUGCUUCCGAUAAGUCAAAAACAGAAAGAAAAAAAAAUCAUGAAAAAUACGUAUCGUUAGUUAUUUAAAAUUGAAUUCGACCAAUAAAUGCUUGUCUUUGCAUUAUUCAUUCAUCGCCGGCUAAUUGGAUUCAACUUUGGUCUGCGCAAACGCUUGAGCUACGAAUUUUGCUUGUGUGUGUCUCCUCUGUUAAUCAUCGGCAUGAAACAUGUUGUUACUAUUUUUCUCUCUACUAUCUAUCAAUCAAUAUUGGUGGUACCCGUUCCGCAAGGAAAAAUAUUUUAUUAAGAUAAAAAAAAUUGAAAGUGUAAAAAAUCGAUCAAUUAAAGCGAAUGCAUUUGAUUUAGUGUUUAGUUUGCCGGUUUUCAAUUGCACAUAUACUUAACGGAAGCCUGAAAUCAUCGCUCGAGCUCAAGUCCAUACAAUUAUAUGUAUAUAAUUAAAAACCUACAGCAAAUCACCAUCAAAUUAAAUUAGUGUUCACUGUUGGAGCAUUCACUGUUGCUGCUACAGCCGUCAACUAUUACAACUACAAAAUAAAAGACAAUAGGAUAACCGAACAAACCUAAACGCACCACAACUGCUGGCCAAUAUCCACUUUUGGGCUGGUGCAGUUAGGGUUAUGGUAGUUUUAUUGAACGCAAAGAAGACUAGCUACAAAAUGAUGGGUAGUACAGCUGUGCCACGUAAUGCAUACCCAAAUAUUUCGCCAUCAGUGUCAGUUAAAGGACCUCAAAGGACUGUAAUGUCGAGUCCUGCGGCUAGUAAUAUAACCGGUGCUCCAUAUAGAGGAACCAAUUGGACCCAACACGGUUACAACGCGCAACAAGCAUAUAGAUAUACAUCUCCAUUGCCGCAGCCGGCAUAUACAACAUACACUGCUUCUCAACAGGCCACACCGUAUGGUCCACGUGUUCCAACAGCUGCAUCUCCUAGUAAUACGAAUUCUAGUAGCUCCUCGAAUACUGGCUCCCAAAGUGGAACAAUAAGCACUAGUCUCAGCAACACAAACACAAACACGACAAUGGGUCCGAACGGAACGCCUCAAGUACAAGAGACUUUAUCGAAAACAAAUUUAUACAUUAGAGGUCUUCAACAAUGCACAACAGACAAGGAUUUAAUUAACAUGUGUCAACAAUAUGGAAACAUAACUUCAACAAAGGCAAUUCUAGAUAAACAAACGAAUAAAUGUAGAGGAUACGGAUUUGUUGAUUUUGAAUCACCUGCAUGUGCCGAAGGAGCUGUUAAAGGUCUUCAAUCGAAAGGAAUCCAAGCUCAGAUGGCCAAAGUGGGUAUCUGGAUGCUACAUAGGCCGGCCAUUCAACAAGAACAGGACCCAACCAAUUUAUAUAUAGCGAAUUUGCCUCCGUCGUUUAAGGAAACCGAUUUAGAAAAUCUUCUUUCCAAGUAUGGACAAGUUAUUUCAACUAGAAUUUUGCGUGAUCAGCAAGGACAGUCAAAAGAUAUAAAUAAAGGCGUCGGAUUCGCCCGUAUGGAAUCGCGUGAGAAAUGCGAACAAAUCAUACAAAUAUUCAAUGGCACUCAGUUGCCAGGUGCUAAGGAUCCAUUGCUUGUCAAAUUUGCCGAUGGGGGAUCAAAGAAAAAGAAUGCGUUUAAAAACCAAAAUGAUCCCAAUACACGGACUUGGCGCGAGGUGACUGAGACAAUGCAGGGUAUUCCAGUUGCAUAUGAUACAGCUCUUCCACAAAAUGGUGUUAAUAUGAAUGUCGGUACACCACUUAGUGUUCCGUACACACGGUUUGGCGCACAACCAGUUGGCAGUUAUGCUAUGCCCGGUUCACAAUGGGUGUCAGGCUAUAUGAUGGCUCAACCGAUGGCACAAGUAGAUGAUCAAUAUAUGCAAAUGGCGCAACAUCUAAGUGUGAGUCCAGCAUUUAAGCCCGAAUCUGUAUCACAGGUACAGCCCCGUGGGGUUUCGAUGAUUAUGAGUAGUGAAGCUGGUGCUGUACCGUAUGGACACAUGGUGCCUCAAUUAGCGACACUUCAGAUUAAUUCACCCUAUAUCAGUCCACCGUAUCCAUACUAUCCCCCGGCUAUAAUACCAACAAUGCCAAUGACUGAUACUGAACAAGCUAGUAACACUGCUUCACCUGAUGAGGCAUAUACCCAAUACCAACAUCUUGGUGCUACCAAAUAAAGCAGAUAACUUCAGUAUAUUUAAUCUCUGUAGACGUGGACAUCAUACAUACCUCAUCAAAAUCGAUGCGAUUUUUUAAACAGACAAAACUGAAAUGCAUUCAUCUCUUUUUGAAACCAAUUCGACUGAAAACUUUUUUCAUGAGACGCUAGAAGAACCAUGUAAUCUAUGUUUUAGACAUACAUUACAUUUGAAUAGAUAUUUAAAAAAAAGAUGAAAAUAAAAUGGCUGAUGUGAAAUUUUUAGUGAACGCAAACGUUCACUCACAAAACAAGAUCGAGAGAAUGAUAAAUUCCAAUUAGUGGAAAUGAGCUAGUUUCGAGGAAAGAUUAGAAAAAAAAACAUUGUAUUUUGCAUAAAAAUAAAACGACAAAAAAUGGAAAAAAGAUGUGUGAAGAAACUUGACAACCGAGACGCAGAUUAGAUGAGUAUGAGAAGCAGAGAAGAAAAUAAAUCGCUGAUACUGGAAAAUAAAUUGAUUUCAAUUUGAUUUUGGCCAAGUUAGCCACAAACGGCUGUAUAGUUACAGAAAAAUGAAUAGAUCAGACAUUUUUAUCGAUGCAGUUCUCCAGAUCAAUAAACGAAUGGGUGCAUGUUUUGAUUUAGAAUAAUCACUUCAUUCGCAGUCGGUCGCAUAUAUAUACACUCACACACUCACACACAAACACACACAUUAAUUAUACUAGAUUAGAUCGAACGAAGGAGGUGCAAACGUCAAACGACAAACAACAUUGGGGAAGCUCUAUGUUCGCUCUCAUAGAGAGAUUUAAUAAGAUGAUCAUAAGCUCUCCAUUUCUACCAAUUUGGCGAGUAUUUUGUCGAUUUAAUUUUUGAAUUGGCUAAGGAUCCCUGUACAGUUGAAUUCUAGAAAGCAAAGAACAAGACUAAAGGUUGUUCUUCAGUCCUUUCCUGUUGACGUACGAAUCGAUAAAUAGAGUUAAUUAUAUUCAAAUAAUGCAAACUCGGGAUGUUGGAAAUGAAACACAAGCUCACAAACAUUAUUGAGUCAUUAAAUGGUGCAAUGUUGCCAUCGGCUGAUGAGCGUCAUGAUGUUUGGAGGGAAAAUAUGGAAUAAAAGAUUGAUAUCUCGUUUAAAAAAAAAAAGAAAAUGAAAUAAAACUUAGAAUUAAUAUUAGUUUUAGGUUAUGAUAAUUUAAUCUAGAUUUUAGCUAUCUAAAAAAUACAUUUUCUCUGUCUUUCUUGCUCUUCAACAUUUCGAAAUUCUUAGGACCUCCCUUUUCCAUUUUCAAACUUAAUUUGAGAAAUUAUCAGACCAAUUUUUUUUAUUAUGUCACAAAAUAUCGGAACGGUAAAGUACUAUAUUUUCUUGAUUGUAGGAAUGCAUUCGUCACAAAUAACGUUCAUUGGUUCUAAUUUCAAACUUCGGCUCACAAUUCGUUGACAUCCAAUUUCUGUUCUCCAUCAUUUUAAACAUAUAGCUGUGGUGUUCCACAAAAUACAAUAGAAUUCAAAGAAACAAAUGACAAAGUACGAACACUAACUAAGAGCGAGAAAAGCGAUUCCUUAUUUAGUAUGUAAUUUAAUGUAUUUUAUUCUUCUUUAUUUUUUGUGGACUCUUCAAAUGACAAGUUUUGUUGUAGGAUUUUUUUCUUUUUUCUUAUGAAAAAGAAAUGAAAGAUGUGAUGUAAAAGAUGAAAAAUAAGAGAUGAGACGUGCUGAGAAUCAGACAACAAA